GGGUAGGCGUCUGCACUGGUUUUGAGGGCUCGGCGCGGCGUUUCCUGUUCCUUCCUCUGCGAGGCUGCAGCUCGGGCCUUCGGCCUGACCCAGCCCCCAUGGCUUCAGAAGAGCUACAGAAAGAUCUAGAAGAGGUAAAGGUGUUGCUGGAAAAGGCUACUACGAAAAGAGUACGUGAUGCCCUUACAGCUGAAAAAUCCAAGAUUGAGACAGAAAUCAAGAACAAGAUGCAACAGAAAUCACAGAAGAAAGCAGAACUUCUUGAUAAUGAAAAACCAGCUGCUGUGGUUGCUCCCAUUACAACGGGCUAUAUGGUGAAAAUCAGUAAUUAUGGAUGGGAUCAGUCAGAUAAGUUUGUGAAAAUCUACAUUACCUUAACUGGAGUUCAUCAAGUUCCCACUGAGAAUGUGCAGGUGCAUUUCACAGAGAGGUCAUUUGAUCUUCUGGUAAAGAAUCUAAAUGGGAAGAGUUACUCCAUGAUUGUGAACAAUCUCUUGAAACCCAUCUCUGUGGAAGGCAGUUCAAAAGAAGUCAAGACUGAUACAGUUCUUAUGUGUAGAAAGAAAGUGGAAAACACAAGGUGGGAUUACCUGACCCAGGUUGAAAAAGAGUGCAAAGAAAAAGAGAAGUCCUCCUAUGACACUGAAACAGAUCCUAGUGAGGGAUUGAUGAAUGUUCUAAAGAAAAUUUAUGAAGAUGGAGAUGAUAAUAUGAAGCAAACCAUUAAUAAAGCCUGGGUGGAAUCAAGAGAGAAGCAAGCCAAAGGAGACAUGGAAUUUUGAGACUUUAAAGUCCUCUGGGGAACUGUGAUGUGAUGUGGAAAUACUGAUGUUUCCAGUAAGGGAAUAUUGGUGAGCUGCAUAUAUAAAUUUGACAGAUAGCUAUUUACAUAGCCUUCUAAGUAAAGGCAGUGAAUUCUCCAUUCCCUACUGGAGGAUUUAUUUAAAUAAAAUAUGCUUAUUAAA